GGAAGCUUUGUUGUUGUUCUUUAACAGAGUUCAUUUAAGAAAAACUGCCAAAUUGAAUAAAACUUUGUUCUAGUUUGGAACGAAUAAACUGGAAAAUGUCGCUACUCCUAGUAUUUUCAUUAUAAUAACCACCUUCUCCCACGCCUUUCCCCUAUUUAGUGAUAUAAGCGAAACAUGUCCCAAUCACAAUCACGUCCGACUCCAAAAUCUCGCACCCGCCAACUUUGGAAAAAGAUGGGUGGUGUCAUUUCAUUCAUAUCGCUGCGACAUCAUAACGAAAGUAAUCUAACUCCAAGUAAACAGGUCCGCACGAGAAAUGGUCUCGUUGAAGGAUUCAGAAUUAAAAUUGACGAUGACCGAGAAGUGGAUAUGUUUCUUGGAAUACCGUUUGCAAAAGCCCCGGUAGGAGAUUUGCGUUUCAAAAAUCCCGAGCACACAGAAGACUGGGACGGCGUCAAAAAGUGUGUACGAUUUGGUCCAAGAGCUCCGCAGGCAGACUUUUUUUGGGAAAGGUUUACCCUGGGGGUUGGAAAAAGUGAGGAUUGCCUUUACUUGAAUGUAUUUUCACCCACAUGGAAAGCCGAGGAAGUGUCAAAUGGGCUACACCCAGUUAUGGUAUAUGUGCAUGGCGGUGGUUUUUUGAUCGAUUCAGCUGUAAAAUAUGGUGACGAGGGGAUUGCAAAAUAUCUCUGCCGACAUGGAGUGGUUGUGGUGACCAUUCAGUAUCGCUUGGGUCUUCUUGGAUUCUUCUCGACAGGGGACCAAGUCUGUCCAGGAAACCUGGGACUUUGGGAUAUGACAAUGGCAUUGCAAUGGGUCAGAGAUAACGUACAUGCAUUCGGAGGCGAUCCGAGAAAAGUGACAGUUUUUGGGCAGAGUGCAGGAGGUGUCAGUGUUGAUUUGCUCUCACUGAGCCCACAUUCGAGAGAUCUGUUCCACCAAGUUGUUCCAAUGGCUGGAAAUGGUGAAUGCGAAUGGAGUACCGUGGGAAAGAACAGACUGGUCAAUGCUUGUCGCGAAUUUGCUUACAGAAAAUGCUGGGAUGAAAAACAAGCUCGAGACGAAAACGCCAGUGAAAGCAUGUUAGAGUUUCUUCGCACCAGGAAAGAGCGGGAAUUCGAAAAAAGGCUACUCACUAGGAAAGGAGUUGAUGUCUCUAAAAUUGGACUUGAUUUGGCCCCCGUCAUUGGCUCCAAGCCAAGCGAUUUUCUUCCGAAAUCCAUUGAAGAAUUAAGAAAAGAAGCGCCGAAGAAAAAUAUAAUGGUCGGAACUUGUGAGCAUGAAGGAUUGUUAUUUGCUAGUCUCGGACCAAGUAACUUUGACGAAAAAGGAAUUGACAAGUUGUUGGCUCUUUUGAUAACUGAGGAAAAUCACGAGGACUUUGAAGCGCUGCGAGAAGAAGCAAAGAAGAUGUAUUUGAAAAAGUUGUCGGAUGAUGAAGAUGACAAGGAAGUUGCUGCAAGGGGUUAUAUUCAGUUGUACAGCGACCUGUUUGUCAAUAAUGGAACCUAUAACUAUGCGGAAAAGAUGACAAAACUUGGAAACAAAGUGUUCAUGUACUCCUUCGAUUACUGUAACCCUCGAAGCUUUGGUAUCCUCUCACUCCGAGCUCCAUUCCGAGCUGCUACACAUUGCACCGAGCUCGCAUACAUUUUUGGUGUCUCCAUUGUGUUCAACUACCGGUACAACGAAUCGGACAGAGCAAUGCUCGACUUGAUGACAAAGAUGUGGACGAAUUUCGCUAAAUAUGGAAAUCCAAAUGGGCAAUAUGAAGAUUCAACAGUCUUUGAUUUCAAAUGGGAACCAACGAGUAAAGAAGAACCCACAAAUUUUCUAGCUAUCAACGAGAAGAAAUGUGAAAUGCAAACCGUUUACCAAGACAAUAGGGCAGAGUUCUGGAAGAAAAUUAAGAUUACUUCAAAGAACGUCUAACCCGAGUUAUGAAGAAUCACAAUAUUAAGAUAUUUAUAUUUUAACUAGACUAUAAUAAUUUUAUUUGUGAUUCAUAGUCACGUUAAUCUCCCAGAUCUAAUGUUUUUUCUUUUCUUUCGAAAAUCGGGUCAUUCACGUAGUUUUAGAGACAUCUCCCACUUAUUUUAUUUUGUUCCCAAGCAUGUAGUUACUUGUCAGACGGGUUUUCAGAAAAAUAGUUUUAAAAUUUUCCAUCCAAUUUUUAAAUGUAAAUAUUUCUUGCAAUAAAUAUUUGGUGUACUUAUA